CUUCCAAAAUUCCUCAUUUGAGAAUUCUUUGAAUACACAAGAAAAAAAAAAAAAAAAAAUCAAAACUUCUGAAUUCCAGAGAAUUCAUCCAUGGUCAACAUCUUCCACAUCUACGACCGGGUUGUUCGCUGGGUAAUGAAAGCGGCCGGAGUCAGACCGGUACAGGUCCAGAUCAAACCGGGAACCACCAUGAAUUUCUGGGUUCCGGCCGGAAACCCAAACAAAAUCCACCAAAAUCAUCCUCCUCUGCUUCUCCUCCACGGAUUCGCCGCCAAUGCCAUUAUGACGUGGCAAUUUCAAGUCCUGAAUUUGGCCAAAAAAUACGCCGUUUAUGUACCGGACUUCAUCUUUUUCGGCGAGUCUGUGACGGAUCGGCCGGACAGGUCGCCGGAGUUUCAGGCGGAGUGUGUGGCGGAGGGGCUGAGGAAGCUGGGCGUGGAGAGGGGGUGCGUUUUGGUGGGGUUUAGCUAUGGGGCGAUGGUGGGGUUUAGGAUGGCGGAGAUGUAUCCGGAAUUGGUGGAGGCUAUGGUGGUUACGGCGGCGCCGACGGUGUUGAUGGAGUCGAUCAGCCGUGAGUCUCUGGAAAAAAUUGGGUUUAAGAGUUGGUCGGAAUAUUUGAUUCCGGAGUCGGCGGAGGGUGUGAAAUCGCUUCUUGAAAUCGCUUCCUUUAAAUUUCCGCGGGUUCCACGUUGGAUUUUCAAACAUUAUUUGGAGGCCAUGGUUAUGCACAAAAAAGAAAGAGCAGAACUCCUUCGAGAAUUGGUUGCUGCAGAUGAUGUUAUCAUCUCUCAAUAUCCACAGAAGCUGCAUGUUAUAUGGGGGAGAAACGACAAUUUGUUUGAUGUGCAAAUUGCUUACAAUAUGAUAGAGGAAUUUGGAGGAAAAGCAAGAUUGGAUUGCAUAGAAAAAGCUGGUCAUAUUGUACCAUUGGAGCGCCCAUUCAUCUAUAACAAAUGCCUUCAAAACUUUCUUCAUUCCUUGUUGGAAGGCAAACCCUAAAUAUGAUCAAAUAUAAACAUUCACUUAUUUGUACUUCAUUUAUG